CUCCCUUCCAUCCCGUCGCUGAUUGGGGGAGCCCCUGGGGGGCGCGCUCACCUUUGUCGUUACGGUUACCGAUUGGCCGUUUGGGCGGCUGACGUCACGCCCGUCGCCCGGCCGACUGAGGGGAGCGUCGUUUCCUCAGAUCUUCCCUCAGAAGAUUCUUCUCUUUCGGACGGGCGGGCGACCGGUGGCGAGGCUCCGUCCCCAUCCCCGAGGAGAGCCCAGGAGUCCCCAGUCCCGCGGAAGGGUCGGUCCCGGAGCUGCCGUUGUCCCACCGGUUCCUUUCCGCCGCUGGGAGAAGGCCGAGACCGGGCGACGAAAGGCUGUGGGGAAGGCCCGGGGGCGGCUGAGGGGACCGAGACCGGUGUGGAUUCUUUCCUCUCCCGGCGUCGGUUACCUGCCUUACCUGCUUUACCUGCCUCCUUUGACUCCCGGCGGCCUCCGAGGACGGAAGAAUUUGAAAAUGGACACCCCCGUCUCACACUAUUCUUACCAGUCUUCACAAUUGGACAGAAACAUGUAUUAUAUCUUGACGGAAAACUACCAUUAUGGCAGCAAGCUUUUCCACGCAGGGAGUAUGUGUUAUCUGAAAGAACAGAUAUACCUGCAGCACAUUAGCAGAACGUCUACUCGCAUGUGGCGGUUUAUCAUGGAACAAGAUGGUUCCAUGGCUACUUUGGACGUGGAAAGCCUGCAGCCGGUGAAUGAGAAGAUGGCCGACUUCCUUCUGGCCAUUUGCAACGCUCAGGAACGCUUGAACUGUUUUCUAGACAGGCAGGUUCUAGAUGCUGCCAUGAUGGCUGAACUAGGUCAGCAGGUCUUGGUCGAUCUGGAUGAUCAAUUUUUCCCUGCUAUCAUCCGCUAUAUUGGGAAACUUAACAAGAGCUCUUUACCGUCAGGGGUCUAUCCAAUUUACUUUGGUGUGGAAUUGCAGGGUGAUGGUGAAGGCAAAGGCCACUGUGCUGGCAGCUACCAUGGGGCAGAAUACUUCAAGUGUAAACCCAAGUGCGGCCUUUUCCUGCCGUUCAACAAGCUACAGUUUCUGCCAGCGUCAGAGACCAACCAGGUGGAGGAGAAAAAGCCGAAGGCUGAUGGAAUCCUGCCGGUGAAAAUGGGCGACCCCGUCGGCUUUUAUUUAGAUGAUGCCUUCACACGAGGGAUAGUCCUGGAAGUGUAUCAGAAGGGAAAUGAGUGGAUGGUGAAAGUAUGUUCGGAGGAAGAAGGCUCAGCAGACGUUUUCCGAGAGAUCCCUCUGGAUUCGGUGGUGAAGGAGGAGCUGCUCUCCUUAGAUCCAGAUUCUGGGCUCCAGGAAUAUUUCAAGCGUAAGAGAAGUGAAAGUGCAGAGAAUUUGGAAGACAAGACGGGCUCUCUGGAUGUCAACUCUGUGGUGCAGAUCAACUUAGACAAGGGACGGGCUGUGACAGGGACUAUCCGUUGGAUUGGCUGCCUGCCUAACACCCAGCAAAGGGUGGCUGGAAUUGAGUUGGAUGAAGAGAAAAACGGUCUUUCCGACGGAGAGUGGCAAGGUGUGCGCUAUUUUACCUGUCCUCCCUAUCGGGCCCUUUUUGUGCGGCUGGAGUCGUGCCAACCAGAUUCGCGUUUCCAGGGAAACAAAUGCCUGUUUCAGGAGCCCUCUGAAUGCAGUGAGGUGGACAGCCUGUCUGUUCCGAGCAACUCCCCACCCCUGAGAGACCAGGUGGCCGUGAAUGUCCUCCGAGGGCGGAUGAGGGGGAUCCAAGGCCACUGUAACUCCUGCUACAUGGAUGCUGCCCUAUUCAGCCUCUUCUCCUGCACCUCGGUUUUGGAUUCCAUGCUGUAUAAGCCCCCUCUCCCCGCUGAUGGGCGCAUUCAAGAGAUCCUCCGGGACAAGAUCGUCAACCCUCUGAGGCAGAACGGUUUUGUCGCUGCGAAAAGUGUGAUGGAUCUUCGGUAUCAGCUGACCGAAAAGGGACAGUCUUCCAGUUUUGCUACUUCGGAAAAAGACCCCGAAGAGUUUCUGAAUCUGAUCAUGCAUCGCAUUCUUGGACUGGAGCCACUCUUGAAACUGCAGUCUGGAAGGCUGAAAGAACAGGAGUGUUACUGUUACCAGAUAUUCAUGGACAAGCAGGAGAAUUUGGUGGUACCCAACGUUCAGCAGCUGGUAGAGCAUUCCUUCCUCACCUCGGACCUCAAGUUAGUGGAGAUUCCGUCCUGCUUUAUUCUCCAAAUGCCUCGUUUUGGGAAGGAAUACAAAAUGUUCAGCAAAAUCAUCCCUUCCUUGGAGCUGGAUAUCACCGACCUGCUGCUGGACAGUCCCCGGGAGUGUUUCGUGUGUGGAGAUAUCGCAACUCUGGAGUGCUCGGCGUGCUUCAGAGACAAGAUGUUCGCUGGCACGGGGCUGAAGCAGUUUUGUGACUCGUGUGGCAGUCAGGCUCACUCCCACUAUCAGCGAAGAGGCCAUCAGAUGACCAAGCUGCGCAUCCCCAAGGAAUUCACUCGGGACGGCCGUCGAGACAGGGUGCGGGUGCCACGGGAGAAACUGGAGCUUUUUGCCGUUCUCUGCAUUGAGACCAGCCACUACGUGUCCUUUGUGAAAUACGGGCCGGACAAAGAGAACUGGAUGUUCUUUGACAGCAUGGCAGACCGACAUGGUGAUGAGAACGGCUACAACAUCCCCACGGUGACUCUGUGCCCCGAGGUUGCCAAAUACCUGGAGAUGCCCGUGUCCUCCUUGGCCAUGGAGCAGCCCCGGGACAUGGAAGGAGUCGCCAAGCGCCUCUUUUGUGACGCCUACAUGUACAUGUACCAGAGCAAGAAGAUGGCCCUUUACAAAUGACGCCCACGCCGGAGGCCCCCAGAAGAAAGAACCUCCAGGCCUUUCCUGCAGCUCUUCUCUCCUGCUCUGCUGCUCACAGCGCCCCUUCUCAGGGACUAAGCGAAGGCAGUCCUGCCAGCCAGAAGCCCCUGCAGUCGAGACUCCCCCAACCCCGCAUUGAUUCGCAGGGGAGGAACGUGGUUGGUAGAAGAGUGUGAUCGACAUACCUCACUUCUCACUCCACUGAGCUUUGGCUUGUAAUCUUCGGACUGAUAUGCCCUGACCACAGCUAGAAACACAGAAGCUGAAGGUCAGAUGUGGGGAGGGGGGAAGACUGCCUGGGCUGUAACCCUGAAGCAGGAAGCCCCCAGCCCCAUUUCCGGCCUGAUCUGAAUCCGGUGAGAAUGCCUCUUCCUGAACAGACUGAUGGGGAUUUGUGGACAAGGAUUGCUCACAAACUCUGCCCUGACUUUGUCUAGGAAUCCUAAGUGACCAAAACGUCUGUGACUCUUUGCACGUGGCCAUUUUUAAUGCUUCCGGGGCACCUAUUAUGGCGUCCACCCUUUAAAAAAUGACAUUUUUUAAAAUUAGGGGCUCCAAGCUGAAGUUGCAUGAUGACAUCUUACGUUGCACCUUCAGCUGUCCAAGAACAUAUUACCCCACUUGGGGGGAACCUCCCAUUUAUUGUUUUAGUUUUUCCAUUUUUGAUGAGGCUGCACUAUGUACAAUCAGCUCCCAUCCAAAGCAAAGAGGGCAGCAACUUUGGGCGUCCAAUUUAAUUAGUUUAAAUUAAUUAUUAUUUUAAUAAUUUAAAGUGCCCCAGCAGCACAUUCAAAGAAGUAUCUAGGGAGCCUUGGGCUCCUUAGCUAAUUUCUAUUUUCGGAUGCAAACAAAUACAUCCCUGGAUUUGCCUAUGAAAAAUCUAAGAUAUAUAAAUGACUUUUCCUACUAAGUCCUAUAUAUUUUUUCCUGUACUGUAGGCUGUUCUCUUUUAUCAGCUUGUCUAAUUCGAAUUUCUAUCUCUAAGUGCCAAGGUUAUGAAAGGUCUUCUUGAAAUAUCAGCUACGAAAACCCUUCAAAUGAACACUUUUAAGGCUGCCUUGCUCGGUUAUGUGCGACUUACACAAUCAUUCCCCUGACUGAUUCUCAUUUUCUUCCCAUCCCCAAACAAAACAGCUUUCUUAUUUUCUGUCCUUGUAAAUACGAUGAAAUAAAGCUCGCAAGAAGCAGGAAGAAAAGUGCCUUAUCUACACAGCCGGGUGUAUAAAUUUUAGCUCUAAGUGGAUGCACUUUUCUUUUUUCUCUGAAAAGAUACUGUAAUGUAAUACAUUGUCACUGAAAUGUCUCGCACUUCAGCUUCAGAUCAACACUUCCAAUUACGGCCCUUUUCAAAACAAGGCUGCCUCUUGGGGGAGAAACUACUACUUGAUAGUAAUACUUGAUACUGAUGUCGGAGAUCCCUCUCACUAAACAGAUCUUGACACGCUGGCAAGUUAAUUACUGCAAUAAAGAGGUGGCAUUUGAUUCGGUUUGUUUGCUUAGAAUAAUUUUUUAAAAAAUAUUGUAAAUGUUUAGUUUUUGUAAGUUAUGUUGGUUUGAUCCAGGAGCAUCCAACCUUGGCAAUUUUUAAGAUUUGUGGACUUCCAACUCCCAGAAUGGCUGGCUGGAUAAUUCUGGGAAUUGAAAUCUAAGUCUUAAAAGUUGCCAAGGUUGGAUACCCCUGGAAUAGUCAAUGCUUUUUGCACUUUCAAAAAAAAACACCCAUAUGCUGAAUUGUAUUCUCUUAUCUUUUCAGUCUGUAGCCCUUUUUUGCUUUCAUCUCAGGAAAAAAAAAAAAGAACUUUUUGUUUAUGUAAUGUCUCUCUGAAAAAUGUCUUCCAAUAGAGUCUUAUUUUUAACUUGA